UCUGAACUUGCGCUUUUGAGGCGUCAAGCCGCUGGACUUGUACGACUCCCACCCGGGGGGAGAUCAGUCCGAGGAAUGACAAUUCAUCGUCACAGCAUUGUUCACAUGAAUGAAUACAGAAACACGUGUGUCACUCGUGUUAGCUAAUAUAGCACUCUCUUCAUAUUGUACCACAGCAGCACGGCUCGUCUCAUGCCCUGACCCAUGAGGAAUGAGUCGUGUGGACAGCUUAUGCGCAUGCACUCUGGGAACCAUUCCGACCUGACUCAUGCACCAUCAGGGCGGCGAGAAACAAGCGACAGCACACUGAAUGAGCAAGCGGGCGUACAAGAGGCAAGUCAAGUCAGACCUAUACACUCAUCUAAGUCACUCGCCCGCCCCAAACCCCACCUCUACAAGUGCCUUCUCCUCUUCGCCCCCAUCCACAGCAGCAGCAGCAGCAGCAGCAGCGACGGCACUGUCUUCCGUCUUGUUGCUGCUGCCUCUCUUGCGGCUCUUCUUCUUCUUGAUAGACACACCGCCCGCAUAGUUGGAUGAAGGGGUAGGGGCGGCACCGCUCCCCGCUGCUGCUGUGCCGCUGCUGGCUGGCUGCGGCUGGGAUGCAGCCGUGCUGUCAGCAGUGGACUGGGAGAGGCCGUAACAGAAAGGGGCGGGGGCGAUAGGCGGCAUCAGUCUGGUCGAGAAGUUGGCCCGCAGCCCCUCCAAGAGAUAGUCGCGAUGGAUGGGGUGGCCCCGAUGCUGCUCGAAUGUGGACAGGGCGUUGUCGAGGGUCAUGUUGCAUCGCAGGCACAGGUAAGAGACGACGAAGUAGCCGGUCCGGUUGACCCCAUGUGUGCAGUGGAUGGCGAUGACGCACGGGGAGGGGCUGUUGCUGGCCGUCCAAUCCCGGCGGAUGCUGUCGACCAUCACACAGAACGCCUCUGUGUCCCCUCGGCUGGGGGUCUCCCUGCCCUUGACGGCCAUCUUGUGAUGCUUCACACCACUGUCCUCGAACGUACAUGCAUCAUAAUAUCUGCACCGCCACACGCAGACACGAAAAUGGGGGAUGUCCUUAUCGCCCUGUGGACAUCUUCCUUCUUACCUCUUGGUGUCGCAGAGGUCGAUGAUGGCCGAGAGAGGCGCGACAGAGGAAGCCAUGUGUUUUAUGAGGUCCGCGGGAUAGAAUCGGUCGUCGUAAGCAGGAAUAGCCUGGUCGAAGGUCUUCUUGAGUGGCACCUUGUGCGGCACCAUGAAGGCACCAUCACGCCCUUCCCCUUGCAUCCGCAGCAGCCUGAUGGGUGUGCCCACCUUGGUGUACCGCAGCCAGCCAGUUAUCAUGCUCUCGCCUGCACAGAGGGCAUUCAACGCACAGCAAGGCAAGCAGUGGGACACGCGUGACGCUCUGAUGUAAGUGCCGACCCGACACUUGCCUCUAUCUCCGUGGGUGUGCGAAGGCCUUCCUCUUCCUCUUCCUCUUCCACCGCGCCCCCUCCCUCCCUCCCAGCCUCUCCACCCACCCCGUCCCCUGUCGUGUGCGUCACGAUGGUCCUGACGCUGAUAGGGAUCACGCGAGAAGAAGGCCAUCCGGUCAUACAAAUCACCGGAGUGUGAGCCUGGGUGAGGUGCGUAGGGAUCAGGUGGAUAUUGGGGAGGAUAAUGCGGAGGAUAAUGAUAAGGUGGUGGCUGCUGAUGGCCUUGCCAUGGCGCGCCGUCCUCAGUCAUCGUUUUCCUCUUCAAGCG